GCGGGUGCCGGGCCCCCAGGUGGAACGACAGGUCUCGGGCCCUCAGGCGGAGCGGCGGGCGCCGGACCCCCAGGUGGAGCGACAGGUCUCGGGCCCUCAAGCGGAGCGGCGGGCGCCGGACCCCCAGGUGGAGCGACAGGUCUCGGGCCCUUAGGCGGAGCGGCGGGCGCCGGACCCUCAGGUGGAGCGACAGGUCUCGGGCCCCCAGGCGGAGCGACAGGUCUCGGGCCCUCAGGCGGAGCGGCGGGCGCUGGACCCCCAGGCGGAGCGGCGGGCGCCGGACCCCCAGGUGGAGCGACAGGUCUCGGGCCCUCAGGCGGAGCGGCGGGCGCCGAGUCAUCUGGCACGACAGUGGGCUCCGAGUCAACUGGCAUGACCGCUGGCACUGGGUCAGACAUUGGAUCGUCUGGCCGGACAGCGGGCAUCGGGUCACCAGGCAUCAGGUCAUUUGGCUCGACCGCGGGCACCGCGUCAUCUGGCAAGGCAGUGGGCUCCGAGUCAACUGGUAUGACCACGGGCACUGGGUCAGACAUUGGAUCGUCUGACUGGACAGCGGGCAUCGGGUCACCAGGCAUCAAGUCAUUUGGCUCGACAGCGAGCACCGCGUCAUCUGGCAAGGCAGUGGGCUCCGAGUCAACUGGCAUGACCGCGGGCACUGGGGCAGACAUUGAAUCGUCUGACUGGACAGCGGGC